UGGGUGGUGCAGAUCUGGACUAGGAAUGAUACAUGUGUGUGUCUAUGUUCUCAGAAGUAGUGAUGUUUUUAUUAUUCCCUCCGGUUCGGUCAUUUUUUCGGCACAUUUUUCAUUAUGAUUUGAGAUCCUACCGGGACACGCCCUUCCCGUGAGAAGUCAUCAUUGAAAAGUGUGUUGUAUUGUCGUGAGGAAAAUCCCUACGUGGUAUCGUUCAAGAGUUUGUAAUGAGGACACAACACAAAUGGAAAUCAACAAAGGGCAAGUCAUAUGACUCAACGAGUGGUUAGAUUUGGCAUCGAGUAUAAAAGAUGGGGCAUAAUCUUUCCCUGACAUACUACACUCUAUUUGGAAACCGCCAGCAUUGUAGCAUGACACUACGGAUAUCUCGAACACCCCUCUUACUGGUAUGUCUUCUGCUGACGUGUCAGGCAUGCUACGGUCGAAGAUUAACAGCGAAGUCCAACAGGUCGUUCUUCAUCAAAUCCAGGGUGGUCGGAGAGUCACAACAUCGAAUCAAACGUUCCACAAACUAUGACUCUGAUACCAAAACUGUCAUCGUGAACAGUCACAACGCUCAUCGUGGAGAUGUCGAUCCCCAAGCCACAAACAUGGAAUUUAUAUAUUGGGAUGACGAUUUGGCAGACAUGGCACAGGAAUGGUCUGAUGGGUGUACAUGGGAACACGGAAAUCCCGAUAACAUAUCGCCUUAUUCGUCUGUCGGCCAGAAUCUUUGGAUGGGAACUGGGUCAGAGGCGAAUCAACCCGACCCUACGGGCGCUAUAGAUGGCUGGGUGGAUGAAAAGGAGGAUUACACUUUCAGCGAUAAUAGUUGUUCAGCGGUUUGUGGACAUUAUACCCAGGUAGUAUGGCAUUCGUCAGUGGCUGUUGGAUGUGGUGUGACAUUUUGUCCGACUGUUGCCUUUUCAGAUUUCACGAAUGCAUGGCUAAUGACUUGCAACUAUGGACCAGCUGGCAACUGGGGAGGUGAAAAACCCUAUACAUCCGGGGACCCGUGCACGGAAUGCGCGUCAGAACUAUCUGAAUGUUCCAGCAACGUCUGUAUAAACUGUGAGGAAAACGACGAUUAUUGCCAAGACGGAGAGGAAAAUGUAGGAGAAAACGGAGGGGAAAACGGAGGGGAAAACGGAGGGGAAAACGGAGAGGAAAACGGUUCUUUGAUAUUGAGACCAAGAUCAGUUAUCAUGUUUGCUGCAAGUCUCACUCUAUUGUUAUUAUCCGCGAAAAACUGAUCAUAUGUGACAUAAGUGUAGUAUAUAUGAUAAUAUAUGAUGUAAAGACAAUGAAGCAAUCACUCGUAUGGCUGAUUCAUAUAGGACACCAAUGGAAGGUCGACUGAAAGAACAUUUUGUUUAGUCUACAAAAUACAAACGUUAUGAAAUUAGGUGUAUGAAUUCAUAGCACAGCAAUACCAUAGAUGAAUUAGAAUAUGAACAGUAUUACUUAAUAGCACAGCGUAGUUAAGUCGCUCUGAACUAUGUUUUAUAUAUAUAUAUAUAUAUAUAUGCAAGAAUGUUUUCAAUUUGCGAUAUAUUGCAACAGUCCAUAUUUAAAUUGAUGCUAUGAUGUUACAAGUUGUUGUUAU